AACGGAGGCGCCAGCCAUUUGCCGCGGGACCCCAGGAUGGCCCCCAAACUCUCGGACUCUGCGGAGCGGCUGCGCGCCGCCGGCAACCAGAGCUUCCGCAACGGCCAGUUCUCCGAGGCCGCCUCGCUCUACAGCCGCGCGCUGCGGGUGAUGCAGGAGCAAGGUUCUUUGGACUAUAAAGAAGAAAGUGUUCUCUACUCCAACCGAGCAGCAUGCCACUUGAAGGAUGGGAACUGCAGAGAUUGCAUCAAAGAUUGCACUUCAGCACUGGCCUUGGUUCCCUUCAGCAUGAAGCCGUUGCUGCGGCGAGCUUCGGCCUAUGAGGCUCUGGAGAAGUAUCCCCUGGCCUACGUGGACUACAAGACUGUGCUGCAAAUUGAUGACAGCGUGAUGUCAGCUUUGGAAGGCGUCAACAGAAUGACCAGAGCUCUCAUGAACUCACUUGGGCCGGAGUGGCGCCUGAAACUGCCCUCUAUCCCCUUGGUGCCUGUUUCAGCUCAGAAGAGGUGGGAUUCAGAAUAUCACAAAGAGACACCUAAAGGCAAAUCCAGAGAAACCACAACUGCCAAGAGCAGAGUGCCUUCUGGGGAUGUGGAGAGAGCCAGAGUUCUGAAGGAAGAAGGCAAUGAGCUUGUAAAGAAGGGAAACCAUAAGAAAGCUAUUGAGAAGUACAGUGAAAGCCUCUCGUAUAGUAACCUGGAGUCCACCACGUACAGCAACAGAGCGCUCUGCCAUUUGGCCCUGAAGCAGUACAAGGAAGCGGUGAAGGACUGCACGGAAGCCCUCAAGCUGGAUGGGAAGAACGUGAAGGCAUUUUACAGGCGGGCUCAAGCCUAUAAGGCGCUCAAGGACUAUAAAUCCAGCUUUGCAGACAUCAACAGUCUCCUGAAAAUUGAGCCUAAGAAUGUCCCUGCACAGAAGUUGCAGCAAGAAGUUAACCAGAAGUUAAACUAAAAUUCCAAAAGGGCAGCAGGAAAACCUCCACUGGAUGCCUUCCUCUGUGUCUGCUUCUGGGACCCAGCAUGCCCCCAAGUGAGCUCUGACGCGCCCUCCCUCUGCCCCACAAAGCACUAGUAGCCUCCGACCCCUUAAGAGGCUUUGUUCAAAUUAAGCUCAGUGUAGCAAAAACCAGACAUUGUUUUGCUGGAAAGGUCCCCUGCUGUGCCGAAGCCCUGUUCUCCAUCCCCUGCCUGGACAGCUAGCGGAUCGUAACAGGUCCUCAUCAGCAAACCACUGGGCCUGGCCCUGCCCCGAGCAUGCUCCAGACUGAGCGCUGCCCUAUGAGCGUCACCACCCACCUCACUGUGGCUCAAGAGCAAACUAAGCUGUGGGUAUGGAAGGGGGCCAUGGGACUAAAAAACCUUGGCCACAGGACUAGAAACACCUAAAGCAGCCUGUUGAGCUGGUUCUCCAGGGCUGCCAGCCUGCCCUGUCCUAACAUAGUCCUCUGUGUUCGGAGUUCCAGCCCUUUUUGGCCAGGCCCCACUUUGGUAGGGAGGCAGAACCCUGACCCUUGGGUGGCUUUGUCUGGGGCUCUGUGCUGCUGCUUGCAUGGAGGUGCCUAAGUUGUGUCAGGAGCCCAAAGGUGGCCAGCCCUCCUAAAGGUGGAUGGGAAGAAAGGCCUCCUUGAAGUCAGUGUCCUCCUGUUCUGGGCAGGGACUUUUGACCCCAACAGUGGCUCUCCAGGCUUCUUAUUUCUUUGUUAUACGAAGUUAAUUUGAACUGAACUGACUCGGUUUUGUUGAACUGUGCGUUUAAACGAUUACAUUAAACAUUUUUCUUCUACAAAAA